AUGGAAGGACGACUCAUUAAGUACACGCUGUUCCUCACUGCGUUCGAAUACGGCACUAACCAAGCCCCCAAUGUCAUCGUGUGGGUCGGAGGACUUGGCGACGGCUUAGGUUCGUUGCCCUACCUCGCUCCGUUGUCCCAAUCGCUCCCUGAAUCGUGGUCGGUGAUCCAGCCCCUUAUAAAGAGUCUGUACCAAGGAUGGGCUCAGCUGAGCUUGGAACAGGAUUUGAAGGAUUUGAAACGGCUUGUCCACUACUUAAAACACGAGGAAAACCGCAGCAAAGUGGUAUUGGCAGGCCACUCUACGGGGUCGCAAGAUGUAUUGGCCUAUUUGAUAAAUGCCGACGCCGACGAGCCUAUUGACGGUGGCAUUUUACAAGGAGGGGUACUGGACGUUGAAGCGAUGGCGCUGUUUGCGGAAUUGACCCACACAGACCUCCAGAAUUUGGUUAAAGAAGUGGAGUCUACUUACCCCAAUUUGCUGACGAAAGAAGUGUUGCCGCCUAAAUUUACUAAGAUCGCCUUCAGCACUCCUAUUAGCAGUGCUCGCUUCGUCAGUAUUGCCAAGGAGAGAGGCACCGAGGACUUCUUCAGUACUUAUCUCACCGCCGAAGACCACGCCAAAACCUUUGGUAAAGUGAAGAAACCAUUGCUUGUGUUAUACGGGGAACAAGAUGAGUAUGUCGAUGAGAAGAUUGAUAAGAAUCAGGUGUUGGGCCAGUUUCAACAGGCCACUGACCCUCAAUACUGGUCGCCGUUGUCUCAUGUAGUGCCUGGAGCAUCGCACAAAGUGGAGCUGGAACUGGCGCAAAAGGACUUGAUCGACACCGUAAUCAAAUUCGUCAAGAAGCUUUGA